AUAUACCACAAAACUCGAGCUUUUUAAUCAUGUAUUUUGAUCAAUCAAAUCAAUCGCCAGUAUAAAAUCAUCAAUUCCAAAGGAACAUAUUACAACGCUACAAUCUAUGAAAAUAGGCUACUGGAAAAAUUAUUUUGUAUUGCUAUAAAACAUAAUAACAAAUUGAACAAUAAUAUUAUUUUAUGUAUGUUUUUUUUCUUUAAACUAUUUUUACAAGUAGGUACCAGACGAAAAUCAUAAAAAUUUCAGAUUUGCGUGUACCCAUAAUUUGACAGUUGAUGCGAAUAAAACUUUUUGACCAACAGAAAUUACUCAUUAGGUACCACAUGUAACCGCGGUUAUACCAUAUAUUUGUAUUUUUUCAUUUUCUAAUACAGACAUUAUAUAAGGUAUGCGUACAUCGUUAUGACGAUAGUGCCGGUCGUACCUACCAAAUAAUUUGUAAUUUUUUUUUUUUAUCUGUACAAUUUCUUUCGAAUGCAAAUAUUAUUGGGUAGGUAGGUACGUAAUCGCUGAACUUGUUUCUAACUCGCUUCCUAACAAUCCCACACGUCGUCUAAAGAGAAAACGGUGUCGUGACUUAUUAAACGAUUGACGGCUAUCAAACCAUUUAAUUUAAUUUAAGUAAACAAUCAACAAACAAAAAGUUAACGCCGGGUUCUAUCACUGGAUGGCCACCAUCCUCAUGUGUUCAGGUUGCAUAAUUAUUUAUUGUAUGUUCAUAUUUGCCUAUUACGCCUUGUACCGAAGAUUGUAAAUAUUCUAUAAAUGAAAAAAAAAAUAAUAAUAAUAAAUAAAAUAAAAGGUAGGUACGUCGUUUUUCGGCACGAGUCUCCGCCCGCGACGGCCGUCGAGCCGUACUGGGAGACACGGAAAUAUUAUCGCACCGGCCGGUCGCAACAAUUCGAAAAAAAAAUAAAUAAAUAAAAUACGAGCACCGGCCGGAAUAAAUACUUUUCUCCGGCUUUUCGAUUUACACCAAUGUCCGUCAAGGAAAAAUAUCGUAUGUGGUGUUGACACGGGUGCGAGUAUGACAUCGUAUGGGUACAUCACAAGCAACCUCGCGCCGGUUUCGCAGGGACCGCUGUAGGGUCGCCGACCGGGGGGAGGAGCCGGGCUCCGUUCGUUGACGGACCACGGACAAUUACGCGGAAUAAUCGCACCGACAAGGUUUCGGGCGACGUCAGUACCGAACGAUACGGAAACAAAAACGUCGAGGCCGGUCGCACAAAAAACCGCAUGCGCGCCGGCCGGGACGAGUGGUUACGUACCUCGAGAAACAUGCGCGAUUGAGUACUUGCAUCGUCCGGCGAGUCGUCGACGAAUUUGCCGCCGGGACGCCGUCCGCACACGUUAACGUCGAUUGUGAAUGCGUCGAUAAUGAGCAAAACAAACUGCGACGAAGAAAAAUACCGCCGGUACCGGACGACGGGGCGUAGUCGCCGAUUCUUCACGCGGUCCGGCAAAAGUUACGGUUCAAUGGCGUUCGCCAGUGAUGGCGCCGCGGAGAGCAUUGACGGCCGCGGCCCGCCAGUCGACACCGAAGACGCUGCCGCUGCCGCCGCCGCCGCCGCCGCGUACAGUGUGACCGCGGGCUCGGACGGGAUGGAAAACCGAUUCGGCCGGCGACGUUGCCAAAAUAAUAACGUUCACGCGUUUGUAGCGCGAGCGGCUCACCGAUCGAAAGUCGUCGUCAAACCCGCACCCGAUUAG